GGUGGUACCGGAAGGAUGGUGCGAGCUUAUCAGAGGCUGUGACCUUCCCAGAGGCCUUUGGAACCCAGUCCAGCGAGGCUACUGCCCCUGCCGCUGCCUCCGCCUCUGGAGGCCGCAGGGGAAAGGACAAGACCGGAUGUCUCGGCACGUCUUUCUGGUUCAAGGCUAGAAACGUACAGCCAUAAGAGGCUCAAAGGGAGGGGAACUGAAGUGAGAGGGGGAAUAAGGGACAGAAGGAAUUCGCGGCGACUGUUGAUGACGCCACAUCGGCGUGUAUAGCUGUUUCCGGUGUGUUGAUCUCAGCGGGAGAGGGGGUCUUUUGUUUUCUUUUUCUUUUUUUCUUUCUUCUUUUCUUUUUUUUCCCCCAAGGCUGUUUGCAGUUAGCGCCCAGCGAGAUGCAAAGAUGGACUCUGAAAUAUAAAGCGAAGGAAAAAUCUCGGGAAGGAAGUGUUGCUGGCCGGUACUCACACACCUAUGUCGCGUUUGUACAUCAUUCAACUCUGCUAAGAUGAAUAUGAUUGACUUAGAUUCCUACAUGUGAGAAGACAGAGAAUUGGUCCUGUGCAGGCCUGGCUGUUUUCAUGUCAUACAUUUUUCAUCUGUGCUGUUGCAAAUGGCAGGAAACUUGCCUUCUUUGCCUCCUGAAGAAACAGAUGCCUGAGGUCUCCAGGAUGACAAUUAACCUGAUGCUCCUCCACUCACACCUCCUGCUGAAUAUCCCAAGCUUGGUAAACAAGAAGAGUGACCUCAAGGACUGCCCACUGGCCUUUGGUGCCUAACCGCAGUGAGCUUCUAUGACAGGUGGAAGCAUCAGGUCUUGGGUACAUAUGUCACUAACUGUACAAGUGCUACAGCUCUAAGGUGGUCAAAGAAAGUGGGAUUCUGUAUCCCUUGGUUCCAGCUGGCAUUAAAGCAUUCAACCUUGCUUCCUGCCCUGGCCACUCUGGAACUCUUCAGCAGCUUCAUAUUCAACUGGUAACAGUUAGCCAUCUUUCUUGGCCUGCUAGCUUCAGCUUGGAUGAUGCCUUUGCCCAUUGCUCUCUGCUGCUGCUUUGUGUUAUCAGCUCAGCCUGCACUACUAAAUGUAGGUUGGAAACACUUCCAUUCCUGACCAAGACUACUUUGAAAGCCAUGUGAUGCUGUACCUGCUGUGACAUUACCAGGGCAACAACAGGGUAUCUGAGAGGCGUUUCGAUGAAGACCCAGUAAUGAUUGUGUACUAGAAGACAGAGGCCUUGAAUCAGAUCAAUGACUCAUUGAAAUGGGGGUGAUUGAACAAAAGGAUAUACUACAUGACACACUGCAGCUCCUGAUGACAUUAGGAUGAAUGAAGAGGUGUUGGAAAGAUGGAGGAGUGAGGUAGUCAAGUGGACAGAACUUGGAGAACACCCUCAACCUCUGUGAAGAACAAGUGGAACUGAGUUUAGCCUGUAGCUAGGCUGUUUAGAGAUGGUGCUACAUCUGCAUAAUUCAAAGUUUCUUCCAUCUGCAUCCAGUUGUCCUCAGCAUGGAGGAGCAGGACAAGUCUGCUGGGAAGGAGCUUCAACACAGGACACGAGCAGAAGUUCCAGGAAAGAAAAUCUGGCACUCACAGGCCUACACCCUGGGGGCCAUCUCCAACUUUAUGUCUACUUUUCUCACCUUUCCUAUCUAUAAGGUUGUGUUCCGGCAGCAGAUCCAUGCUAUGGCAGUGUCAGAGGCUGUGAGACAGCUUUGGCAUGAAGGCCCUCAGCACUUCUACCGGGGCAUCUACCCCCCUCUUCUCUCCAAGACCCUGCAAGGGACUCUGUUGUUCGGCACUUAUGAUAGUCUGUUGUGCUUACUCUCCCCUGUGGGGCCACACUCCCUGGGACAGCGCUGGACUGCAGGGCUCAUGUCUGGUGUGGUAGAAGCUGUGGCACUCAGCCCCUUUGAAAGGGUACAAAAUGUGCUUCAGGAUGCUCGCAAGCAGGCUUGCUUCCCCAGCACCUCCAGCAUUCUCAAGGAAUUCAAUUCUUAUGGGCUUUGGGGGCGGCUGUCACUGGGCUAUUAUCGUGGUUUCUGGCCAGUCCUUGUCAGAAACAGCCUGGGAAGUGCUCUCUAUUUCUCCUUCAAGGAUCCUAUCCAGGAUGUCUUGACAAGGCAAGGCCUGCCCCAUUGGGUUCCUGCUUUGGUGUCUGGUAGUGUCAAUGGAACGAUCACCUGCCUGGUUCUGUAUCCUCUGAUUGUGCUGGUUGCCAAUAUGCAGUCUCAUAUUGGCUGGCAGAGAAUGCCAAGCCUGUGGGCCUCUGCACAAGAUGUGUGGGACACUCGAGGUCGAAAAAUACUCCUGAUAUACAGAGGAGGAUCUCUGAUUAUUCUCAGGUCCAGUGUGACCUGGGGUCUUACUACUGCUAUCCAUGACUUCUUGCAGAGAAAGGCUCACACCAAGAAAGAUGAAAAAAGAGAUGAAAGACUGACUAAAUGAAGUGUGACCAUGGCAUCUUUGUUUUAAGUCUUCACUCUUGGUUGUGUAUAGUAUAUUUCUUUGGCUCGGUUCCCUAAUACAACCGUUACUUAGUAUCAGUAAUCUGUUGCUGCAUGGGAGAAGCUCCUAACUUUUCACCUGUUAGUCACAGACAAAGCCUAUCAGAUUCCUUAGUCAAAGAAGGAACAUCUCCCUAGUCUAUACUCAGCUUCAGUAGCCCAGAACCUGGAGCCUUUAAAUAAGCUGUAGCCCAGAUUAAAUAUAAUUCCUUUAAGGAUUUUUUUUUUUUUUUUAGUAAGAGGAUGCUUUUAAAGAAGACCCUACUCGGGUACUGAGAUCUUUCUAUGUGUCCUCCUGACCAAACCAAGUGGAACUCCAAUUUCGAUGAACUUGUACUAUAUUUUCCUGACAUUGCUCACUGCCAUUCUUACUUCAAGUGAUGGGGGUUCCACUUUGGGGGUACCUGCUCUGAUUACAAACCCCAGAUUAGGUUUACUUCAACCAUCUGGUACCACAAAAACUGAUGAUGAUGCUGGAGAUGGGAUUGAGGAGAUUUGGUGCCUGGAUAGAACGAAUAAAGGCUUUGAAGUAAGAGAUUGAAUUAAUUUAAUCACAUGCCAAAUAGAGAAAAAUAUUACUGUAGGUGGUUUGUUGUUAUCUGUUAGGACUAUUUUUUUUUUUUUUUAGAUAGUAAAGUGAUUAUGUUCCCUACAAACCAUUUAAGUUUCCAUAAGAGACCCGGAACUAACAUGACCGUAUCUCUUCACAAUUAACUGCUAAUUUUGUUGAUGUGGACAACUAUAUAGUAACCACAGCCUAAUGAUCUUAGCCUGUCAUUCAGAGCCAUUGCCAAUAUGGACCCCAUAUAACUUUCUGCAUAUUAUUACACCAUAUGCAUGGACUGCAUAGGCUAGCCAAAUGCGUUGCUUUUCUCUCCCCAGACAUUCCAAGAUCUCACCCAUGGCCAUACUCUGGCCCACACUGUCUCGCUACAGGAACUGCCCUCCCCACACACUAAAAGGCCUCCAAUUUCCAAAAGUCCAGCUCCAUUGCUACUGUCUGUAUGGAGCCCCUUCUCUAUAUUCUCCCACCUGAAUGUGACAUAAGUUUUGUGAUACCCCCUUCCAACAGUUCGUCAACAUGCACUGAUUCCAUUAUGUCACUGAUCCCAUGUGGUCCUAUGUUCUUGCUGUUCUUCAAUACCUCCUACUAGACUGUAAACUUCUUGAAAGCAGGGAUUCUUAUAUGCAUUUUUAAAUCCUCCAUUGUGCCUAGGUGCUCAAUAAAGUUGGUGAAUUAUUGAAUUGAUCAUCAAGCUGUGAUAUGGUCUAUAUCCUCAGGGUGCUAUCCCUAUUACAUGAAGAUAAUGUUACUGACUCAUCGUCAACAAGACACAUGCCUUUGGGAUGUGUUUGUUUUCUUUUAAUAGUGGAUUUAGUUUUGUGCUAAUGAUGAUGCCAAUGAUAACAGUAACAAUAAUAAUAAAAUUAUGUUCAACCAGAA